GCAGCCAGGCUCUCAGCCCUCAGUCCAGCCCCGCAGGGACAGGAGGUGGCCAGGCUGGCCGGGCUCGCCCAGUUCAGUCUGCCUUUUGAUGCUCAGCUUUGAGUUCCAUCCAUCUGUAUGUUCUUCAGCCAGAACCUCUGGGAAGAGAGAGAAAGAGAGAAAUUGCUGCUUGGGCUGCCUUGGGUUCCCACAUCUGGAUUCUGCGAGCGCAGGGAAGGUGAAGUGAGGAGGCACCUCUGCACCACGGAGGGUCCCAGCGAGGACAAACGUCUGCCGAGCCCCGAAAGCCUUGCUGGAUGCCCGCGGCCGGAUGGCUCUGAGCUCAGCCUGGCGUGCGGUCCUGCGUCUGUGGCUCCUCUGGGGCGCUGCCUGCUCCGGCGCGGCGUCCAGGGACGACAACGCGUUUCCCUUUGACUUUGAAGGGAGCUCAGCGGUUGGCAGACAGGACCCGCCUGAGACCAGCCACCCCCUCGUGGCUCCCGGAAGGCUGCCGCCUGCUGCAGAGGCAUGUGGCGCUGGGUUCUUUCUUGCCCAGUCGGGAGAAUGCUUGCCCUGUGACUGUAACGGGAAUUCCAACGAAUGCCUGAACGGCUCUGGACUCUGUGUGCACUGCCAACGGAACACAACAGGAGAGCACUGUGAGAAAUGCCUAGAUGGUUAUAUUGGAGAUGCCAUCAGGGGACCGCCCCGGUUCUGUCAGCCAUGUCCCUGUCCACUACCAUACUUGGCCAAUUUUGCAGAAUCCUGCUAUAGAAAAAAUGGAGCUGUUCGGUGUAUUUGUAAAGAAAACUAUGCUGGACCUAACUGUGAAAGAUGUGCUCCUGGUUAUUAUGGAAACCCCUUGCUUGUCGGAAACACCUGUAAGAAAUGUGACUGCAGUGGAAACUCUGAUCCUAACCUGAUUUUUGAAGAUUGUGAUGAGAUCACUGGCCAGUGUAGGAAUUGCUUACGUAAUACCACUGGAUUCAAGUGUGAACGCUGUGCCCCAGGCUACUAUGGGGAUGCCAGGAUAGCCAAGAACUGUGCAGGAAGAAAUGACCUGCCCAUUCUACUUCUAGGCUGUGAUAAGUGCAUCUGGGAUCUGACUGAUGACCUUCGCUUAGCUGCGCUCUCCAUUGAAGAAAGCAAAUCCGGUGUGUUGAGCGUGUCCUCCGGUGCCGCUGCCCAUAGACACGUGAAUGAAAUGAACUCCACCAUCUACCUCCUCAAAACAAAAUUGUCAGAAAGAGAAAACCAGUAUAUCCUAAGAAAGAUACAAAUCAACAACGCUGAGAGUACAAUGAAAAGCCUUCUGUCUGACCUGGACGAAUUAGCUGAAAGGGAAAGUCAAGCUUCAAGAAAGAGCCAACUGGCUGAGAAGGAAAGUAUGGAUACCAUUAACCACGCAACUCAGCUUGUAGAGCAAGCCCACGACAUGAGGGAUACAAUCCAAGAGAUCAACAACAAGAUGCUGUACUACGGGGAGCAGCAAGAUCUUAGCUCUGAGGAAAUCUCUGAGAAGCUGGUGUUGGCCCAGAAGAUGCUGGAAGAGAUUAGAAGCCGUCAACCAUUCUUCGCUCAACGGGAGCUCGUGGAUGAAGAGGCGGACGAAGCCCAUGAAUUGUUGAGCCAGGCUGAGAGUUGGCAGCGGCUGUACAAUGAUACCCGCUCUCUGUUUCCCGUGGUCCUGGAACAGCUGGAAGACUACAAUGCUAAGUUGUCAGACCUUCAAGAAUCACUUCACCAGGCCCUUGACCAUAUCAGGGAUGCAGAAGACAUGAAUAGAGCCACGUCAGCCAGGCAGCGGGACCACGAGAAACAACACAACAAAGUGAGAGAACACAUGGAUGGGGUGAAUGCCUCCCUGAGGACAUCUUCAGACUCUCUGGUAACGCCUCGUCUGACCCUUGUAGAACUUGAUGAAAUAAUAAAGAAUGCAUCAGGGAUUUAUGCUGAAAUAGAUGGAGCCAAAAAUGAACUACAGGGAAAGCUAUCCAAUCUAAGUAACCUCAGUUAUAGUUUAGUCCAAGAAGCUGUUGACCAUGCACAAAAUCUUCAACAAGAGGCCGAUGAACUAAACAGGAAUUUACACAGUUCAGAUGCAAACGGGCUGGUUCAGAAGGCUUUGGACGCUUCCAAUGUCUAUGAAAACAUCGCCAAUUACGUUAGUGAAGCCAACGAUACGGCAGAGUUGGCUUUGAACAUCACUGACCAAAUUUACGAUGCUGUGAGUGGGAUUGACACUCAAAUCAUUUACCAUAAAGAUGAAAGCGAGAACCUCCUCAAUCAAGCCAGACAACUGCAAACAAGGGCAGAUUCCAGCAAUGAUGAGGCUGUGGCUGACACCAGCAGGCGUGUGGGGGGAGCCGUAGCAAGAAAGAGUAACCUUAAAAGCAGAUUAAAUGAUGCCAUUAAGCAACUACAAGCCACAGAAAAAGGUGACGCUCAGCAGCGCCUGAGUCAGUCCAAGCUGGUCACCGAGGAGGCGAACAGGACGACGAUGGGAGUCCAGCAGGCCACCGCCCCGAUGGCUGACAACCUCACCAACUGGUCACAGAGCCUUCAAAAGUUUGACUCUUUUGCUUACAACACUGCAGUGGACUCUGCCAGAGAUGCAGUAAGAAAUUUGACAGAGGUUGUCCCUCAGCUCCUGGAUCAGCUUCGCACAGUGGAGCAGAAGCAGCCUGCAAGCAACGUUUCCGCCAGCAUCCAGAGGAUCCGAGAGCUCAUUGCUCAGACCAGAAGUGUUGCCAGCAAGAUCCAAGUCUCCAUGAUGUUUGAUGGCCAGUCUGCAGUCGAAGUGCACCCUAAAGCCAGGAUAGAUGACUUAAGGACCUUCACAUCCCUGAGCCUAUACGUGAAACCUCCUGUGAAGCAGCCAGAACUGGCUGGGAUUGCAGAUCAGUUUAUCCUAUAUCUCGGAAGCAAAAACGCCAAAAAAGAGUAUAUGGGUCUUGCAAUCAAAAACGAUAACCUGGUGUAUGUCUAUAAUUUGGGAGCUAAGGAUGUAGAGAUUCCCCUAGACUCCAAGCCUGUCAGUUCAUGGCCUGCUUACUUCAGCAUCGUCAAGAUUGAAAGGGUAGGAAAACAUGGAAAGGUGUUUUUAACAGUCCCAAGUCUCAGUAGCACUGCAGAGGAGAAGUUUAUUAAAAAGGGGGAGUUUGCAGGGGAUGACUCCUUGUUGGAUCUGGACCCCGAGGACACUGUGUUUUAUGUUGGUGGUGUGCCUUCAAACUUCAAGCUUCCUGCCAGCUUAAACCUGCCUGGCUUCCUUGGCUGCCUGGAAUUGGCCACUUUGAAUAAUGAUGUGAUCAGCUUGUACAACUUUAAGCACAUAUAUAAUAUGGAUACCUCCAAGUCAGUGCCCUGUGCCAGAGAUAAACUGGCCUUUACUCAGAGUCGGGCUGCCAGCUAUUUCUUCGAUGGCUCUAGUUAUGCCGUGGUGAGGGAUAUCACCAGGAGAGGGAAAUUUGGUCAGGUGACUCGUUUUGACAUAGAAGUUCGAACACCAGCUGACAAUGGACUUGUGCUCCUGAUGGUCAAUGGAAGUAUGUUUUUUAGCCUGGAAAUGCGCAAUGGUUACUUGCAUGUGUUCUAUGACUUCGGAUUUAGCAAUGGCCCUGUGCAUCUUGAAGACACUUUGAAGAAAGCUCAAAUUAAUGAUGCAAAAUACCAUGAGAUUUCAAUCAUUUACCACAAUGAUAAGAAAAUGAUUUUGGUAGUUAACAGACGACAUGUCAAGAGCAUGGACAAUGAAAAGAUGAAAAUACCUUUUACAGACAUAUACAUUGGAGGGGCUCCCCCGGAAAUCUUACAAUCCAGGACUCUAAGAGCACACCUCCCCCUAGAUAUCAACUUCAGGGGAUGCAUGAAGGGUUUCCAGUUCCAAAAGAAAGACUUCAAUUUAUUAGAACAGACAGAAACCCUGGGAGUUGGUUACGGAUGCCCAGAAGACUCUCUUAUAUCUCGCCGAGCAUAUUUCAAUGGACAGAGUUUCAUUGCUUCAACCCAGAAAAUAUCUUUCUUUGAUGGCUUUGAAGGAGGCUUUAAUUUCCAAACAUUACAGCCAAAUGGAUUACUAUUCUAUCAUGCUUCAGGGUCAGACAUGUUCUCCAUUUCGUUGGAUAAUGGCACUGUGACCAUGAACGUAAAGGGAAUCAAGGUGCAAUCGGCAGAUAAGCAGUACAAUGACGGGCUGUCACACUUCAUCAUUACCUCUGUCUCACCUGCAAGAUAUGAACUGAUAGUAGAUAAAAGCAGACUUGGGAGUAAGAAUCCUACCAAAGGGAAAGCGGAACACACACAAGUAGAUGAAAAGAAGUUUUACUUCGGUGGCUCGCCCAUCAGUCCCCAGUAUGCUAAUUUUACCGGCUGUAUAAGUAAUGCCUACUUUACCAGGUUGGACAGAGAUGUGGAGGUCGAAGAUUUCCAGCGGUACUCUGAAAAGGUCCACACUUCCCUUUACGAGUGUCCCAUUGAAAAUUCGCCAUUGUUGCUCCUUCACAAAAAAGGAAAAAAUUCCUCAAAGCCUAAAACAAGUCAGAAUAGAAAGGGAGAGAAAAAUAAAGACGCACCUUCAGGAGAUCCUAUUGGCCUGAAAUUCCUAGAGAAGAAUGCUCCAAGAGACUCUCACUGCCACCUCUCCAACAGCCCUAGAGCAAUAGAGCACGCCUAUCAGUACGGAGGAACCGCCAACAGCCGCCAAGAGUUUGAACACUUGAAAGGAGAUUUUGGUGAAAAAUCUCAGUUUUCCAUUCGUCUGAAAACUCGCUCCUCCCAUGGGAUGAUUUUCUAUGUCUCAGAUCAGGAAGAAAAUGACUUCAUGACUCUAUUCUUAGCCCACGGCCGCUUGGUUUUCAUGUUUAACGUUGGCCACAAGAAACUGAAGAUUAGGAGCCAAGAGAAAUACAAUGAUGGAUUAUGGCAUGAUGUGAUAUUUAUUCGGGAAAAGAGCAGCGGCCGACUGGUAAUUGAUGGUCUUCGAGUCUUAGAAGAGAGUCUCCCUCCUACGAGAGCUGCCUGGAAAAUCAAAGGUCCCAUGUAUUUGGGAGGUGUCGCUCCUGGGAGAGCUGUGAAAAAUGUCCAGAUAAACUCAGUCUACAGUUUCAGUGGCUGUCUCAGCAAUCUCCAGCUCAAUGGGGCCUCCAUCACCUCUGCUUCUCAGACAUUUAGCGUGACUCCUUGUUUUGAAGGUCCAAUGGAAACGGGAACAUACUUUUCAACAGAAGGAGGAUACGCAGUUCUAGAUGAGUCUUUCAACAUUGGAUUGAAGUUUGAGAUUGCCUUUGAAGUCCGUCCCAGAAGCAGUUCCGGAACCCUUGUUCACGGCCACAGUGUCAACGGGGAGUACCUAAAUGUUCACAUGAAAAAUGGUCAGGUCAUAGUGAAAGUCAACAAUGGCAUUAGAGACUUUUCCACCUCAGUAACUCCCAAGCAGAGUCUUUGUGAUGGCAGAUGGCACAGAAUUACAGUUAUUAGAGAUUCAAAUGUGGUUCAGUUGGAUGUAGACUCUGAAGUGAACCACGUGGUUGGACCCCUGAAUCCAACACCAGUUGAUCACAGGGAGCCUGUGUUUGUUGGAGGUGUUCCAGAGUCUCUACUGACACCACACUUGGCCCCCGGCAGACCCUUCACAGGCUGCAUCCGUCACUUUGUGAUUGACGGGCGCCCAGUGAGCUUCAGUAAAGCAGCCCUGGUCAGCGGCGCCGUGAGCAUCAACUCCUGUCCAGCAGCCUGACACAGCAGAGCAAAGAUGCCCAAGUACAAAGUUCUUCAGAGCACUGAGAGGGCCACCAAGCCAGCCGGAGGACCAGCAGCCCUUCCUCCUGCGGGAGCUUUCAGCCACGACUUAAAGGGAUCAUCAGGGACUGGAUGUUUAUUAUUUCUCAUUUGGAUUCUUACUUUGGAUCUAAAAUGUCUGCAAUCAAAGAAGUGUUAAACUUACUUGUAUUGUAUUACUGCCUGCUGGUGAAAUUACUGUUCCUGUUUCUAAUAAAAUAGAAGGGACACGUUUUUAAAGUG